AUGUCGGUAGCUGUGAUAGAACACAAUAAGAACUGGAAUGUGUGCAGGAACAUUGAAUGUGUCCAUGAAGUCACAAUGAGCCAAACUGAUUUGGAAAAGAACUUAUCUCUUUAUGUUAUCCUAUUGAAUGGUAUCAUCACAAGUUAUGAUAUCAAGAGAUCGGUGAAAACUAACACUGAGCCAAUAGGAAUUACAUUUGCAGUGCAGCAGUGGAUCUACUCAAAACUGUCGCUGCAGCGGUCCAGCAGCUUCAAGGAUUUCGCCAAAUCCAAACCCACCUCUCCGCUGGUGAACAACAAGGCAUUCAGCCUCGAAGAGGAAGAGGGACACGAUGAAUCCGAGAGUUCUGCAUCUCCAGCCCACAGUCCUGUUGAAGACCACCAUCCUGUCUUUCCGGGCACAACCCAGGAGAUGAACAGCCCCAGUGCCUUCAAUGAAAGGGAAUUGUUCAGUCCCACCGUAAGCAGCAAGGAAGAGACCAUCUCUAUGCCAUAUGAUGGACCCUUCUGUGGAAAGGCCAAGGUCCACACGGAUUUUAUUCCCAGCCCCUACGAUAAGGACUCUCUGAAGCUUCAGAAAGGGGACAUCAUCCACAUCAUUGCAAAACCUCCCGUCGGCACCUGGACCGGCCUCCUGAACGACAAAGUGGGCUCCUUCAAAUUUAUCUACGUCAGCAUCAUCCCUGAAGAGAUUGUCCCGGCUACAAAGACCUGUUCGCGGCACAGGAGCAAAAGGCCAAAGCCCAAAACCUUGCAGGAGCUGUUGCAACGGAUGAACCUUGAGGAGCACACCUCUACACUGUUACUAAAUGGUUACCAGACCGUGGAGGACUUCAAGGAACUGCAAGAGAACCACCUGAAUGAAUUGAACAUCACUGACCCACAGCAUCGCACCAAACUGCUUACGGCAGCCGAUCUCCUGCUGGAUUAUGACAGUAAGUGCCCUUUGCCUUCCAAAAGGGCUUCCUUUCGUCCUUCCUCCAUUGUCAUGCUGGCCACGCCCACAGAGACAUCUUCAGGCAGCAGCCCUUCGGGAACUGCUAGUGAGAAAGAAGGCUCUACCCUUUCCAGGAAAUAG